AUGAAUUCAAAAGCGAAUCUCAAGGCUGCACGUGAAGCCAUUGGAGCGAAAAACUUUGACGAAGCUGUCAAGGCGUGUAAACGUGUGCUCGUAUGGGAAGGUGCCAACUACAACGCAUGGGUAUUUCUUGGUGUUGCUUAUACUGGUCUCAACGAUGACGAGGAAGCCGAGAAUUCGUACCGACGUGCUAUCGAGAUCGAUCCAGACAACAUGCUUGCUUGGCAAGGUCUUGUCAGUUUUUACGAGAAGCGAGAACGAUUGGACGACAUGGCCAAGAUUGUAAACGAUCUGCUACCCCGUGCUGCUGAAAGUGGGGAUGGCAAUCGCGUGGUGGAUUACUUGAAUAAGCUUGUGCGUGUAUACGAGGAUAAGGAUGAGGAAAAGUACAUUGCCACGCUCAAACUCUUUUUGCCAUCGAGCCAAUACUAUGAUUUGAUCAAGGACACCAAAGCUAUGCGAUCGCCCCUGGAUAUCUGGACUAUCAUCACAGGCAUCACUGAAGCCAACCAAGCCAAGCUUAUCGAAGGUCGUGUCCAAUCUCGCCGUUUGGGUGUCCAUGGAGGCCCUGUGGAACAAGUUCGUGCACAAGUGGAAGCCGAAGUGAAUGCAAAGACACAGCUGGGCAGCAUGUACGAGACGCUUCUUCAACUCUCCAAAGACAACGGUGCAUCCCCAGAGACGAUCCAAGAUUUUGAGCUCAAGUUGUUGAAUUAUUGGUAUAAGCGAAUCCCUGCUAUUCAAGACAAGAACGAGUCAUAUACCAAUGCUCUGCAACUCGCAAAUUCACUCGUCAAAGCCGGCAUUAAUGAUCCACUACCAUGGCAAGUCCUCAUCGAUACAACGGAUGCAAAGGAUAUCGAUCAAUAUGAUCACCAACUUCUCGAUGACCUUGUAACACGAUUCCCUGACACUGGUCUGACAAAGCUCGUUCGUGGAUACAGGCUAUACAAGGAGAAUGAUAUUGAUCAAGCAUUUGACCUAUUUGCGGAAGGAAUGGAUGAAUGCCCGAGCAGUUUAUUCGGCUAUCAAUGUCUUUGCUGGAUCUACUACGACUCCAAGGAAUAUGAAACAGGCUUAGAAUAUGCCACCAAAGGACGUGAUUUGGUAUUGAAACGGGCCAAGGACAUGGGGAGCAUGCAAGAAAAGAUUCUCGAUUCCAUGGAACUUUGUAUGGCACAUUGUUAUCGCCACCUUGAUACCAAAUAUUAUCCAGACGCCAUGGGAUUCUAUCGAAAGAUCUUGGGUCGUGAACCUGAUGAGAUGAGUGCUUUGGAGGGCGUUGGAUUGAUUUUACGAGAAGGUGGACAAUACGAUGAAGCAAUGACGUAUUUCAAGCGAGUGCAUGAAUUGGAUCCCAAGCGACAUAUAGCUCUGGCAGAGAUUGGAUGGAUUUAUUGUCAGCAACACGAUUAUGACAAGGCUAUUGAAUGCACAACUCAAGCGAUUGAACUUGCUGAAGAGGAUAUCCCAGAGUACUAUUACCGAAUGGGCCGUAUUUACUGGGAAAUGGGAGGAGAAUACCGUGAAGAUACUAGCUACGCAUUCAAGUACUUUAUGCAAGCCGUCAAGUUGGAUCACGAGUUUGCUAGUGGAUUUGCCUAUUUGGGACACUUUUAUCGAGAGGUGCAAAACGAUGCGGUGCGAGCCAAGAAGCUGUAUCAAAAGACGUUCCUCCUUGAUCCUUUACAAGUGGAUGCUGCCUUUCACUUGAGCAACUAUUACGUGGAGGAUGAUGAGCACGAGGAAGCCGAAGCUGUUUUCAGACAAGUGACCCAGCUUGUUCCUAGGUUGGGAUGGGCUUGGCGACGACUUGGUUAUGCAAACAUCAACGGCAAUCAAUAUGAUGAAGCGAUCACAUGUUUCCAAAAGGCGUUGCGGUGUGAUGCACGCGAUUUACGAUGUUGGGAAGGAUUGGCUGAAGCAUAUGCUCACGAAGGUCGCUUUAUCGCUGCUCUCAAAGCCUUUGGUCGAGCCACGGAUUUGGAUCCCUCAUCUGUUCAUGCCAACUUUGAAAAGUCACUUGUCAAGAAGAACAUUGGACUCUUGGAUGAAGCCAUUGCUGGAUUCAGAGAAACUCUCAAGCUUGCUGAAGAACAAGGCAAGCCGAAUUACUUGCCCGCCGUCAAAGGACUUGCCGAUACCCAUCUUGAACAAGCCAAGGAAGAGUUGCAACAAGGUUUCUUGGGACGUGCUGCUGAAAGCUGUGCUCAAGCAAUUCGAUUGUCAUUGAUUGGCUUGCAACAAGACCCAGCCGUUGUUGGAUUUUGGAAGCUUUUAGGCGACACAUGCACUGUUUAUCGCAUUAUCCCAACCAACAUUCAGCUAUGUCCAUACAACGAGCUUCAGCAAGUCAUUGGACUUUUGUCAGAUAGUUCACCGCAUGAAAAACUCGGAUUUCAACCUGAUGAUCCAUGUGCUGACCUGGUCAAGGAUUUCGUGCAGUUGGAUGUUGCUGAUUCAGAGUUCUAUUUGCCACCCAAAACAGCAUUGAGUGUGGUGCUCGCAUGUGCUACCUUUGUUUACAAGCAAGCUUUGGUGGUAUGCAAGAACCAUCCUACUAUUGCUCCCGCUCUUUGGCAUGACCUUGCAAUGUUGUACCAUUGGAUGGCUGAAAACAAUCAUUUGGAUGGAAAACCAACACCGAUCCUCACUGAUACGGCGAUGCACUGUAUUCGAGUAGCAUUGAAGAUGGAUCCUGCACAACCACAAUUUUGGAAUGCUCUUGGUGUCAUUGCUAUUCGUGGGUCUCCGAAGACAAGUCAAUACGCUCUUGUCAAGGCUAUUGAGCUCAACAGCAGAAGCGCCGUACCAUGGACCAAUUAUGGCUUUUUAUGCCUCACACAACAAGAUUACGAACUUGCCAACCAAGCGUUUGAUAUGGCACAUGCUCUGGAUCCUGAAUACAUCUCUGCAUGGGUUGGCCAAGCCUAUGUUGCAUCAUUAUGGGGAACAACAGAUGCUGGCGCUGUAUUUCAACAUGCCUUUGAAUCCAGCAAUGGCACAGCCUAUGAUGCAAGCUAUGGUUAUGCCGAAACAACGUUUUCACGCUUGUCGAGUCUCCCACGAUAUGAUAGUAGUGGUGUCAACUUGUUGAUCUCGCCAACAUUUGCAUUGCAAAAGCUGACGGAGCAAAAGCUGGAUGAUGCACAGGCAUUGAAUUUGCUUGGUUUGCUGCUAGAGCGAUUGGGGCAUUACGAGCGGGCUGUUGAAGCACUUGCUGGUGCUGCGUUGGCACUUGAGGCACAAGCUGAAGAAGGACGUAUCCCUGACGACAAUAUUCUCAAGCAACGAAUGGCGAUGGUUAAUGCCAACUUGGGACGAACACUAUGCGCUAGUGGCAAUUUCCAAGAUGCUAUCACACAUUAUGAGAAUGCCUUGGAGCAUGGAGGUGAAGGACCAUCACGAGUCUACUGCUUGCUUGGAGCUGGUAUUGCCUACUACUUUGAAGACAAGCUACAAGAAUCACUUGAAAUGUUUGAAACGGCAUUGAAUGAAACCGAAUCGGAUGUUGAUCUUCGCAUGGAUGUCACUGUAUUGCUGAGCAAAGUAUUAUGGGCUUUGGGUGGAGAUGAACAACGAAAUGUUGCCAAGGACCAAAUGCUUUCGAGCAUUGCCGAUAAUCCAAGCUAUUUGCCUGCCAUCUUUGCUUUGUGUGUGAUGGGUAUUCUCCAAAAUGAUGAAACAUUGACUCAGGCCGCCCUGCAAGAAUUACGCAAGGUUCCUGCAGAAACAGCAUAUCAAGCUGACAAGGAUCAAAAGAUCUCGUGGCUGUUGUCUCGGAUGUACCAGUUACAGGAUGAUCCCGAGCAGGCGAUCCGGUCACUUGUCAAGGGUGUGCAUCAACUUCCAUGGAUGGCUAUUCUCUGGAGCCGACUUGCAUCUAGUGCUUUAUUAAAUCGUGACACUUCAUGUGCUACUACCAUGACGUCCACUGCUCUCAAGAUGGUUACCGCAUCCACAAGUGUAACGGCUGAUGCAAAAGCGGAGGCGUAUGAAAAUGACGCACAGACAUCGUUGACGGUGGAUCCAAGCAAGGCUAAACGCCAAGCUCAGCGAGCACUUUUGUUAGCACCUUGGCGCGCUAGUGCAUGGAAGACUGUGGCACUCUCAGUUACAACUACCGCUGUCGAAUCAUCAUAG